AUGUACGCCUUCCACCACCAGCCCCCAGCCGGCGCGACUUUGGCGUACGCCUGCUACCUUUCGGAUUUGACUACGGUGUGGGCCGACUCAAGUAAUAGUGACGAAAUUGCAGCCCACGCUAGGAAAUUGGGCUUGCUGAAGGUCGACACAGACGCCUUGGCCUAUUUGACUAAAGAACUUGAAUCGGCUUUCUAUGAUGAAAGGGUCCAAUGGGAAAGAGUUGGUGCUGAAUAUCACCUCUCUGUGAGCCUUCCAGAUGGCCUCAAUUGGCAAAUGCGGUUGCAAAAAAUGGACGCUCACUACACUGCCAAAUUCUUUGCUUCCUUAAAUGCCUCCCAAUUUGCCAACCACAGCUACCUAGCCUACAAAGUAGCUCAGCUUGAAAAAGCUCUCAGGGCUAAGGAUAAGUACAUCUUGUACUUGGAGGAAAACUACAAAACGGUUAAUGGCUCAGAGCUAAUGAAUAAGUACAGGAGACAGCAUGCAUCUGAUGCUUUUCUAUUGGAACCCUUUUCAAGAGGCUCGUUCAAUGCUCGUGUACACGAGCAAUAUAACUCGUUGGCCCGGAGACUAGAGACUGAUCCGUCCUCGUGGUCCGGUCUUCUUUGGGACGUCAUCAGCUCUGUCUUCCAGGAUAUGCAAACCUGGGUAGCUGGACAUUGGAUAUAUGGAAGUGAUGAUGAGGCAUUCACUCCCGAGAAAGUCUUGAAGGAGACCGCAGUAAAGUCGAAGCCCCUGUUGAAAUCGGAGCCCCUGGUUAAAUCGGAGCCCCUGGUGAAAUCGGAGCCCCUGGUUGAAGCGGAGCCACUGGUGAAAUCGGAGCCCCUGGUUGAAGCGGAGCCACUGGUGAAAUCGGAGCCCCUGGUUGAAGCGGAGCCCAUAGAAAGACCCAGUGCAGUCAAAAGCGAACCCUCACUGGAAUAUGAGGUUCUGCCUUCGAAACGACGCCGUGUUGGUUAUAUGGGACGGAGACCAGCGGCCAAGAAAGAAAACGCCGAUUCAACAAACGAUGCGAAGGAAUCAGAGUCUCGAGAAUCUCCAAAAAAGCGUAAGAGGCUUGGUGUGAUAGGUAAAAGGUGA